GAGAGGACAGCUGCUGCAAAACGGCAGAGGGUGUGGUACGAGAUCGAUCGCCCGCCGGGACAGCCCCACGUGGCGUGUCCUCAUUGGCCCAGGGAGCCCGCUGUGGGACUCUUCUUCUUUUCUCUUCCUCUUAAUUAAACCGACCGACCAAACCCAACUCCCCAGACCACAGAGGGAGAGGAAGCAAGGGAGAGACGGCUUUUCUUCCUUCCUUCCUUUCCUUCUCGCGGGGGCAGCUGGCUCAGCUUCGUAUUUCUUCGAACCCAACAAAUCCACUCCUUCGGUUAUAUAUUUGAUUCGGGGUUGAUUUUGUUUAUUCCCUUCUCUUCUCUCAUUAUCCGAUAAGAGAAAAACGAAGAGCUUUCCCUGUCCCUGUCCCUGUCCCUGUUCCUGUUCUUGUUUUCCCCAAUUGGGUACUGAGAGAUGGAGGCACUGACUGCUAACUCCCACGGUGGUUCCCUAACCGACGCCCCUAACGGCUGCGGUUUUGGUGGACCGCAGAAGCUCAUUAUCGAUACUGAUCCUGGGAUCGAUGACACCAUGGCGAUUUUGAUGGCAUUCCAGACAACGGAGGUGGAAGUGUUGGGGUUGACGACGAUUUUCGGUAAUGUAACUACAGAGAAUGCCACUUGCAAUGCCUUGCUUCUGUCUGAGAUCGCUGGACGUUCAGAUUUGCCCGUUGCCGAGGGCAGCCACGAGCCUCUUAAGGGAGGAACGCCACGCGUUGCUGACUUUGUUCAUGGCAAGGAUGGUUUGGGAAACACAGGUUUGCCGCCUCCAAAAACUAAAAGGAUAGAGAAAAGUGCGUCUGAGUUCUUGGUAGAAAAGGUUUCCGAAUUCCCUGGUGAAGUAUCUGUACUUGCUCUUGGACCACUGACAAACUUGGCCCUAGCAAUUAAAAGAGACUCCUCCUUUGCAAGCAAGGUGAAAAAGGUGGUCAUUCUUGGUGGGGCAUUCUUUGCACUGGGCAAUGUGAACCCUGCUGCUGAGGCGAAUAUCUUUGGUGAUCCUGAGGCAGCAGACGUAGUCUUUACCUCAGGAGCCGAUAUUGCUGUUGUUGGAAUAAACAUAACUACACAGAUUAAAUUAACAGACGAGGACCUUCUCGAGAUGAGGCAAUCAAAGGGAAAAUACGCUCAAGUUCUCGGGGACAUGUGUAAGUCAUACAUGGAGUGGCAUGUGAAAUCCGACGGUGUCCAUGGGAUUUUUCCUCACGACCCUGUCAGCUUUGUUGCACUAGUUCGCCCUGAUCUUUUCACGUACAGGAGAGGCGUAGUCCGAGUCGAGACACAGGGGAUCUGUACGGGCCAUACGCUGAUGGAUCAGGGCCUAAAGAAGUGGAAUGCUAGCAACCCUUGGUCUGGCUAUUCUCCGGUUGCGGUCGCUUGGACAGUUAAUGUCGAGGAAGUGAAGGAUCACAUCAAGAAAGUGUUGAUGAAACCAUGAAAUCAUAUGUAUUCCAUUGUCAAAAAAUAAUGUCAAAAAUGCGAAAAUGCAGUCACCCUUCAUUCAAACUGUUCUGAAAAUCCUGCUUAUUGUGCUUUAGCGAAUGGAAAAACUGUUUCCGUGGUUCCGAGAACAACAGUGUCUAAGUAGAUUAAGAGGAAAAUUGAUAAUUGAGUUAA